GCAAGAUCCUUGCUGGAGCAGCUGACGCUUGUCUCGCAGAACAGGCCAAGCUAUCGCUCGAUGCUGCAGAGUAUGGAUGCGUACGUGGAGGAACUACUCCUCGGUGUGCGCAUGGGCUGUCCGCCAGCGGUGUUAGUGUCUGCGAAGCCUGCACUGGACCCGCUCGAAGCCAUCCUGUAUGCCACCUCGGUAGGUGUGCCUUCAGUCGUUUACGACACCGUCCGCAGCCUUCGAGAGGCGAGAGGUCAGCGGCUGGGAGCCACGCAGCGCAAGCUGCCGUGGGAGCACUUUGUCCUCCUCAAUGUACUCGGUGCCAUGGAGCUCUUGGUGUUUCCGCUACUUGGCGCCGGGAUCUCUGGCUACGAGGCCUCGGAUGCCGCAGCACCGGGACAUGUGCUGUGGAUACAGUCCGUCGUCUUUGCGAUCCUUGCCGGUGGUGUUGUUUUAGCCUUGCAGGUGGUCCAAGACUUGAGGUCACCAACGUCGGGGCUUUACAGUCUGGACUCGACCCUCGACGAGAUGGUCGAAGGCUUGCGAGCGGAGCUGCGGCAUCGCCUCGAGGGCGUGCCGGCCUCCACGACCUCCCGGCUGCCCAGCCCCGUCGUUUCGCGCAUCGACGAGAGCCGACUCGCAGAGAGCGAGGACUGGCCCUCUCUACAGCCACGCGGUCAAGAGGAAAGCCAGAACAACCGGCUAUUGCAGUGCACAGCUGCAGGCCUGGCAUCGGCGGCGCUUUUCUUGCCCUCGGUGUUAAUCCUGGAGAACUUCUUCUCCGCCCCGGCUCUCCAAGCCAUCCGAGAGGACAACAACGCGCAGUGGCUUCAAAACUGUUUCACCGGGGUAGGUCUUGUCUUUUCGCUGUUUGCGGCACAGACAUUCAGCUUCCUCUACUCGCAGCAGGAGGCGAUCUACCUCGCUGUCUAUGGCGAGGUCUCCGAAGCCAAGGCCUUGCUGGAGCAGCUGGCCCUGGUUUGCCGUGGCCGUCCCACCCUGGCAGAGGCGCUGGAAGGCCUCAAGUGCUACGUGCGCGAAGACCUCCGGUCUUUGGACCAGAACCCUGCCAAGCUAGUGGCAGGCACACCGUCUUCCGCAGGUCGGGCGAUCGACCCGCUGGAACGAGUUCUUUACCAUACCUCCGUGGGUGAGCCUUCGUCAGUCUAUGACACGGUGAAGGGCCUGCGCGCUGCGCGCGGCCAGCGCCUCGGAGCAAGCCAGCGAAAGCUCCCACCUCUGCACUUCGCGCUGCUCGCCGCGCUCUCCGUUGCGGAGCUUCUCGUCUUCCCAGUCCUGGCGGCCGGCUGUGCAGCCCUGGACUCUUCCGGGAAUGUGGCAUUUCCAGGACACGUGCUUUUCUUUCAGGCCAUUCUGUUUGGGCUGAUGGCAAGUGCCCUGACAUUGACCUUCCUGGUGCUCUACGAUCUUUGGAGUCCCACCGGUGACGUUUACAACUUCCAGGCCGUGUUGGAGGAGAUGGUGUCUGGGAUGGAAGAGGAGCUGGAGGCACGUCUCGCCGAGGCUCGGGCUUUGGCAAACGACGAGGUCUCGAGCCUGGGUGGCCAGCCCGAGCGAGUCUGA